AUGGAUGGACACAGUCAUGAUAUGACUUCAAUGUCACACCAUCAUGAUAUGUCGUCAACGUCACACCAUCAUCAAGUGUCGACAGAACAUCAUCAUCAUCAUCAGGAACCGGCACCGACAUUUGAUCAUUCUUCAACAUCACAGAGCCAUCAUCAUGUAGACCCAAAUUGUUAUAAACCUGGUGAUCAGCAUCAUCAUAAUCAUCCGCCUGAUAACUGUCCAACAACAAACGACUCUGCACCAUCAAUUACAGACCCUUCUUUGUUCUUUUUACAACAACAACAACAACAACAACAACAACAACAACAAUCUUCAUCAUCGUCAUCAACUCAAAGGAAUGCUCAAAUACCAGCCAAUACAGUCCAACCACCAUUGGUUCAAAGAUCAAAAGGAAAGGAAACUGAAAGAUCACAAAUACCUAUUUUAGAGCCAUUGGAUAGUUAUGGUUUGGAAGCAUUGAUGUUAAGACAGGCUAAUCCUUCAAUGAGUGACAAGGAAAUCAUUGAUAAUAUUAAAAAUUGGCAAAAAGAAACAAAGAAAUACCUACAAUCAAAUGAAAAUGUAAUCAAUGAGGAAAUUGAACAUAUGUUGAUGUGUGAAACUUAUUUUAGUACAAAUGAAAUUAAAGUAUUAUAUAAUGAAUUUAUUAAAUGUUCUGGAGGACAAGCAUUUAUGACCAAAGAACAAUUCUCUCAAGAAUUUACUCCAUUUCUUAAAAGUUCUGCAUUGACUGAUUCUUUAUUAAAUGCAAUUGAUGAAAAUGGAGAUGGAGCAAUUGCAUUUACAGAAUUUGUUUGUGCUUUAUCAAUUAUGACAAGAGGAACAAAAAAUGAAAAGCUUAGAUUUUGUUUUAUGGUUUGUGAUUUUGAUAGAAAUAAUUUUGUAUCAAGAGAAGAAGUAUUCCAAGUAGAUAGAUUUGGAUCACCUCAUGAAGCAGUUUCAUCGAUUUUCAGUGGAGGUAUUUCAGGAAAUGGUUCAAAAUACCUACAAGAAAAGACUGAACUUGAUAUCAUUGAUUUCAUUGAACGUGGUAAUUUGGAAACUGAUAUGGCUGGUUGCUUUGGUAUGUUUGAUUAUUUUUAUAACAAAUUUGUUCUACCUUGUGAUGAAUUGUUUGCAAAUGAAACAUUUAAAGUUGAUGGAGUUGUAACUAAAGUAAAACAUAUGAGAUUAUUUAGUUCAAGACACAAGAGAAGACUUAAAAUUAAAAAGGCGUUUAUUGUGGUCUAUGAUAUCAACCUGAAUAGACAAGAAAAGAAACCAUCACGUGUUAUCUUUUUACCUGGAGCUACUGUCAGAGUACUGCUAGACCCACAACUAUCGGAAGAGAGAAAGAAACAUCGUCAUCACUUGCAUCGAUUCGGAAGAAGAAAGAAUAUAUCUGGUUUUUAUUUGGUGUCUGGAGAGUAUGCUCGUGCAUUUUAUACUGAAACUCCAGAGGAAGCUGUCCAAUGGGUCAAUGCAAUUCGUCACUAUAGUAGAGUAGGUUACAAGUUCCAAUCAUUUGCUCAACAACACAUGAACAAUCAAUGUCUAUGGUUUGUCAAUGCCGUCAAUUACUAUCGUGACUUGGCCAAUGAAAUCAUGCAAGCUCGUCGUGAAAUCUUUAUUGCUGGUUGGUGGGUAUGGCCCUAUGUCAUCCUCCAAAGAGACACUAAAGAGUUGAUGGAAAAAACUAGAUUGGAUCGUUUACUAACUGCAAAGGCAAAAGAAGGUGUUAGAAUUUAUAUUUUAAUUUGGGAUGAAAGUAAUAUUGGUAUUCAAUUAGGAACACAUCAUACAACAAGAUGGUUAGAAAAUUGUCAUCCAAAUAUUAGUGUAAUUCGUCAUCCAAAGAGAUAUCCGCUGUCAUGGUCACAUCAUCAAAAGACAGUCGUGAUUGAUCAGACAGUAGCUUAUAUAGGAGGUAUUGAUAUAUGUUUUAUGCGAUACGAGUUGGAUACAUUCCCAUUGGUUGAUUUGGAUGGAUCGUUAUUCCCAGGCAAAGACUAUGGCAAUUUGACGAGCAUUGUUAUUCGUACUGGGAAUCCUCAUCACGAUCAAUUGAAUAGAAAUGAAAUGCCUCGUAUGCCAUGGCACGAUGUUCACACCAAGAUUGUCGGUCCUAGUGUUCACGAUGCUGCCACUAAUUUUAUCCAACGUUGGAAUCAUGCCAUCACAACAAAGGCUGCCAAUUCAAGAAGAAAGAGAUUCCUCACUCCAAGAUCAUGGUACAACAAGACCGAAGAAAACAAGCAAGAUGACUCGGGACAAAAGAAUCCAUUCAAGAAUGCCAUUUCCGAUAUUGUUAGAAAUGUUGGUAACGUUAGUUAUGGUGAGGAAAAGGUCACCCGUUUCCAUCGUGUUGGCGAUCACCCCAAAACACGUGAAGAAAUAUUAAAAGGUGCAUCCAAACACUCUACCCCUUUUAACAAUAAUUUAAAUGAUGAUGCAGCAUCCAAAAUUAGACUUGAACAGGAAGUUGACCAAGAAGAAAAAGAUAGAGAAGAAGAUCAACAAGAUAGACAACAAUCAUUGAAUGUUCCAACUGGUAGAAAAGAUAGUCAAGAACAACGUCCAAAAGACAAUGAAGAAGAAUCAGAUGAAGAAACUACAACUACAACAACUACCAACACUAGCAACAAUGAUUUAGGUAUAUCAUCGUGUAAUGGAUUUUCAACUCAUACAAUAUUGGAUUACCCAGAAAAGGAAGCGUAUCACAAGAUGUAUAAUCUUGAUGUAGCACAUGGUACAUGUAUGAACCAGAUUGUUAGAAGUAGUUGUCAAUGGUCAGCUGGAUCGGAUACUGAAGAUUCCUGUUACAAAUCAUUUGUUGGUAUCAUCAAGGCGGCCAAGAAUUUCAUCUACAUUCAAAACCUCUUUUUCGUCAGUAGUUGUGGUGCAAAGCUGCCCAAGAAUCGUAUCGCCAUGGCAUUGCUCCAAAGGAUUCGUUUGGCCAUUAUCAACAAACAAAAUUUCAAGGUCAUUGUCCUCACCAACAUCAAUCCUGCCGGUGAUAUCAAAGAGCAGUCGUCUCGUAUCGUCAUUGGAUGGACUAUGCAAACCAUCUGCCGUGGUGGACAAUCCAUCUUUGAAUUGUUGCACAAAGAAUUCCCAGAUGUAGACAUUUCAGAAUACUUUGGUGUCUUUUCAUUGAGAAACUAUCAGGUUUGCUAUGACCGUGUCUUUAGUGAACAAAUCUAUAUCCAUAGCAAGGUUCUCAUUGCAGAUGACCGUGUCGCAAUGAUUGGUAGUUGCAACAUUAAUGACAGAAGUAUGCUUGGUGCUCGAGACAGUGAAAUUGCCAAUAUAGUGAUUGACCGUAAUGUCAAGGAAAGCACCAUCGAUGGUAAACCCGACCAAGUCAGAGAAUAUGCUCAUUCGCUUCGUAUGCAUCUCUGGAAACUUCAUCUUGGUAUUAGCGAUGCAGAUGCAGAAGGAAUCAAAGAGAUCAUUGACCCUGUACGUGCAUUUAAUGCCGUUUGGUUGAAACGUGCUCGUUCAAAUAGUGCAGCCUACAAAGAAGCUUUUGGCGCCAAUAUCCCGGAAAACCAAACCAUCCUACCUCCAAACCUAUCCCAUCCACGUUACUUUAGUCGUAAUGAUCAAUUGAUGGAAACCCUAUCACAAAUCAAAGGUUUCCUUAUUGAAUAUCCCUAUGAUAUGUACAAAGAUUCAGAUCUCCUAACUUCAAAUUUAUUAUCACCAGAACAUUUUGUUAAUACAAGUAUUUUUAUUUAA